AUGUUUAACAGAAAACUGAAUUAUUUUACCAUAACAAUAGUAUUAUACAUUCUAUGCAUUAGCUAUACAUAUAAAAGUGGUAUCCAACUGCUUAUAUCAGAGAAUACAUUGUUUCGAAGUUCUAACCAAGUUCUAGCUAAAUAUGAUGAGGUUAGAAAUAGAGAGACUUACAGUGAUCUAAAAUUUUCCACUAAUACAUAUGAUGCGAAAGUUAUCUCUAAAUUUCCAAAUAAUUUUGGGCAAAUCAAUGCAAAGGAGAAUGCAACUCUUUUAAUGCUUACACGAAACUUUGAGCUUAAAGAAGUUUUGAAAUCUAUGAGAUCUCUUGAAGAUAGGUUCAAUUGGAGAUACCAUUAUGAUUGGACCUUCAUGAAUGAUAUCCCUUUUUCGUUUGAAUUCCAAGAAGCUACUACGGCUAUGGCUAGUGGGAAAACAACUUAUGUGACAAUACCUAAAUCUGAUUGGAACAGACCAUCAUCCAUUAAUGAAACACGUUUUGAGGAGUCUUUAAAAAAAAUGAGCGAGGAUGAUGUGAUAUACGGUGGUUCUAAAUCAUAUAGGAAUAUGUGCAGAUUCAAUUCUGGAUAUUUUUAUAAACAAUCAGUUUUAGAUAGUUAUGAUUAUUAUUUUAGAGUCGAACCAUCAGUUGAGUAUUUUUGUGAUUUCCCAUAUGACCCUUUUAAAUUAAUGAGAGAGAAAAACAAGAAAUAUGGAUUUGUAAUAGCAACCUAUGAAUAUGAAGAAACCAUACCUACUUUAUGGGAUACAAUUGAGAAAUAUAUAGACCUAAAGUCUAAUACUACAGACAUUAAUAUGACAUCAAAUUCAUAUGACUUUAUAACUGACCAAAGUAUCAUAGGUAAAUUUGGUUUAGGUAGAAAGAGUAGUUGCUCUUACAACAUGUGCCAUUUCUGGUCAAAUUUUGAAAUUGGUGAUUUGAACUUUUUCAGAAGUACCAAAUACCAAGAUUUUUUCGACUAUCUGGAUGCUAGUGGUGGUUUUUACUACGAAAGAUGGGGUGACGCUCCUGUACAUAGUAUUGCGGCAUCAUUACUCUUAGAGACAAACGAAAUAAUUCAUUUCGAUGAGCUAGGUUAUAGCCAUUCACCAUUUAUGACAUGCCCUUAUUCAUAUUAUAUGAGAAUUGCGCACAGAUGUCAAUGUGAUUAUGACAAUGUGAACAAUAUACCAUUAACCCUCAGUAGUUGUUUAAUGAGAUGGUGGAAAAAUGGGGCAGGCAAAUUCUUUACGAAAGAAAAUUAA